UUGACAGAUCAGUUCAGAACAAGAGUUCAAUCCGAGCGCAACCCAAAACCCACAAUCAGCAUCAUGAAAUUCGCCGUCGCCGUCGUCUUCACCUUGGCCCUCGCCAUGGGCGUGCAGUCCUCCGUGAUCCCCCUGCUGUCCCAGGUGGCUGGCCAUGGACUGUCCUACACCGCCGUUUCUGGACCCGCUGUGGUGGCCUCUCCCUGGGCCGUUCCCUCCGCCCACUGGCCCGCCGCCGUGAACGUGGCCUCCUGGCCCCCGGCAGCCAUCCCUGCCCCCGCCGCUGUGGCUGUCCAUGCCGCUGCUCCCGCCGUGGUGGCUGCUCAUGCUCCCGCCGUCGUCGUGGCCCCGGUGGCCCAUGAGGGCGUCUACACUGCCCAGACCCGCGGAGCUGUCCACACCGCUCCUCUGGCCGGACACAUCCAGUCGGUGGCCUCCAUCAACGCCGCCCCCGCUCCCGGAACUCUGUAAGAAGGAUACUAUAGACACUCUAUAGAACUCUUCCGCUGAUCAGACCACCGCCGAUACCAUGGAAACUGCCGCUGAAGGGGAUCUGGCCCCGACACUGUUUUGUAAAUACAUUGUAUAUAAAGAGAAUAUAUAGACAGGGUACACUCGCACCUAGCACCUGAACAGGAUCCUUCCACACCUGUCCCAAAAACUGAGUCAUCAAAAUUCCCUUUCGACACAAGCACACCGCCACCUUUGUGGUUGCUUCUUUCUCUCGCUUACCUAUUUAUUUAGCAUACAUUUUCUAAGCAUUCCUGUGAAAAACCACCACAAGCUUUCCUUCAAUGGAAGGGCCCAAAGCAUUCUCGAAGGAAAUGUUUAAAUAUUCUGCCAAUAAAGAAAAUGUAACUAAAGUA